AUGAUGAAGAAGAAAAGUAAACUGUUGAUCUUCUUCUUCACUCUAGUUUUGCUUUUAAGCAUGGCUUCACGUGUUUUGACAACAGAAGAUGGUUUUGCUCCUCCUAAACCAUCUCCCUCCUCCACACAUGAGAGCGAAAGAAGUAAGAAAGGUGAUGGUGAUGGAGUAGAGUGCAAGAGUUCAGACAACGAAGAAGAAUGUCUUGUUAAGAAAACUGUAGCUGCUCACACUGAUUACAUCUAUACCCAAGACUUAAACCUAUCUCCUUGA